CCGUGGGGCCGCUGUGCCCGCGGGCAGCGCGCUCGGGGGCCCGGGCUGGGUGCUCGGGGACCCUACGGGGCCGCUGUGCCCGCGGAGCCGGGCACGCACGACAAUGAGUGGAAAUGAGCAGGACUGGCUGGCUCUCAGACCUCAGGAACCUUCUCCAUCCCAGUGCUGCGGCAGCGGCUGCAAACCCUGCAUCUAUGAUGUGUACGAGAAAGAGCUUGCACAAUGGGAGAGGGCCAAAGCAAAGCAAGACAAAAGCCUCCUCGUGGAAAAGAAGGAGCAGAGCAAUAAUUCAGAGCUGAAUCCAGAUAGGUUCUCUGCAUUCAGCCUCGACUCGGUGGAGCAGCUAACAGAGGACACCUACCAGUACAAAUUUGAAUUACCGGGAAAUAGCAGCCUGGGAUUGAGUUUAGGACAACACAUCGUGUUAAGAGGAGUGGUGGAUGGUUUGGAGGUGCAGCGUGCCUAUACUCCCAUUAGCCCAGGGAAUGCAGAGGGGUACUUUGAAGUUUUAAUAAAAUGCUAUGAAGCUGGACUAAUGUCACAAUACAUAAAAACAUGGAAGAAAGGAGACAUGGUCUUUUGGCGUGGGCCUUUCGGAGGGUUCCCAUACCGACCUAAUCAGCUCAUUCCAAACAUCCCGUUCUGUUGGCAGCAUGGAGAGCUCCUCAUGCUGGUGGCUGGUACUGGCCUUGCCCCAAUGCUCCCCAUCCUGCGAGCCAUAACGGAGGAUGAGGAGGAUGAGACCUUUGUCACUCUCGUUGGCUGCUUCCGGACCUUUGACAAAAUCUACCUGAAACCUCUUCUCCAGGAUCUGGCUCGAUACUGGAACAUCAGAAUAUUUUAUGUCCUAAGCCAGGAAACUUCCCUGGAAAAACUCCCUUGGAGCUAUCAGGAAAACACACACACUGGUCGUCUCAAUGAAGACUUGCUGAAGACCAUAAUAAACUCCUGUCGAAGAAGGCCAUUUGUAUUAAUCUGUGGCUCUUCUACAUUCAAUGAAGAUAUGAGUAGAUACUUGAAAGCUGCAGCACUGCUGAAAAUCACUCACCUCGACAGAUUGAGUUCCUUGUGCGUGGACUUCCACCAGCCUUUGGAUCAAAUCUUUGUCUCCAGGAUGAUUCUCGCUCUUGAGAAUCUGGUGCCAUUCCAGAGUGGCUGCUAUGCAGUGUGCCACCCACACCUCAGAGAACAGCACAGUCUUGUAAUGGAAGUCUUCACAUGCAGUUUUAAAGGAGAUGGCUCCUAUGGGUACUAAAAAGCAUCCAGGCACAUAGCUCUGCUGGAGCAUGAAGACCAGUGACUUGCUGGCGGUGGUGUGCCCUGCUAGGUGUCCAGAGGAAAGACUUAAUCCUCAGGGAGAAGGCUACCUGGCCAAGGGAGCAGCAAAGCACUGGCCCAGCGCUCUGGGGCCUUGGGCUUCGUUUUGGUUGUGUUGUUACUGUUCUGGUUGAUGCCAGGCAAGUCAACCUCUGCGUGCUUCAGGUGCCCUGUUACCAACUCACACAGAGAAGGUGACACUGAUCUCCUCUGGAAACAGCCUUUCCAAUUGUAUAUGAAGAACUCUUUGCCUUGCUUACCCUGGGCCUUAACCCUUGAAAUGCUGCCCAGAGGGGAGAAAGAACAUGUCCUAAAACUAAGAGAAAGCAUCCCCAUUGUAGCUGCUGUCUGUCAGGGAAGAUGGUUGGUUGCCUUCCGUGUCCCCUGAGUGUUGUAUAAUAGCCCUGGUUCAUUAAAUUGAACCUCUUUUCAAAUAAACAGCUGGUUCUUUUUGUUCCAGGACUCUCAGGGUGCCUCAGAGGCUGCUCUGAGUGCACAAA